GAAACAAAGCUGUCAAAAAACGUGUUUGCGUUCUCUAUUCUAGUUAUAUUCUUCCUCUUUGAAACGCUCAAUUGUCAUAAAAUUAAUAUAACUUCUUCGAUUCACCAUAAUUCCCAAAUACUGUAGCUAUUUGAAGUUUGGAACGAGAUUCCCUUUAUGAAAGUCGUAAAAACGUGUGUCGAAUUUUGAGGUUAACUACCAGGGAUUUAGUUCAAAGUAAACGUAAAAUCCAUAAUAAAAACUGAAUAAUCUUCUCAAAAUGAGUAAGCGAUUAAAAUUGGAGACCUUAGGUACGUCCAAAUCUCUGCGUUCACGAAAAUCGGUAGAAAAAACGGACGAUCUCACUUCUGAAACAUCUCAGUUCUUUGUUAGCCAAAAUCAACAAGAGGAAGAUGCGCAUAUUAAAAGACCUGAAAAAAAAUCUAAACCUAGAGCAAAAAAACGAAUUCCGGUAAAAAUAGAAUGCGAAGAUUUAAAAGAAAGCCAAGAUUUGAAAGACAGCAAAGAUGAAAUUUCGUCCAAACUGGGUGGUGGUUGGAAGCCCAAAAAUUGGGAAGCAAUUUUGAAAAAUAUCAGGGCAAUGAGAAAAGAAGAAAUUGCUCCUGUCGAUGAGAUGGGAUGUCACAAAUGCGCUGAUGCUAAUGUUAGCAAACCGAUUUAUAGGUAUCAGUCGUUAUUGGCAUUAAUGUUAAGUAGCCAGACAAAAGAUCAGGUUACUCAUGCUGCAAUGCAAAGACUUAAGGAUUUUGGCUGCACUCCUGAUUCCAUUAUUGCUGCUUCCGAUGAAGAUCUAGGAAAGCUUAUUUACCCUGUCAGCUUUUGGAAGAGAAAGGUAGAAUAUUUGAAGAAGACUUCAGUGAUUCUAAAGGAAAAAUACAAUGGUGACAUUCCAGAUACAGCGCAAAAACUAUGCGAAUUACCAGGUGUUGGCCCAAAAAUGGCUCACAUUUGCAUGCAGAUCGCUUGGGACCAAAUUUCUGGAAUAGGUGUCGAUACACACGUCCACCGUAUUAGUAACCGUUUAGGAUGGGUAAAAAAAUCAACUAAAAGUCCAGAAGAUACUAGAAAAGAAUUGGAAGCCUGGCUACCGAGAGAUUUGUGGGCAGAAGUAAAUCAUCUACUCGUGGGAUUCGGUCAAACUGUUUGCAUGCCUCAAAGACCCAAAUGUAGCGAAUGUCUCAAUAAGGAUAUCUGCCCCUUUCCGAAAAAGAAUGGAGUAUUUAAAAAGUGAACGACUAUUUUUUAAGGACUUGGCCCUUACAACGUAUGUAUUAAAAUUGUUUAUAAUUUUGUUUAGAAUAUGAAAAACAUUUUAAAAAUAUACGAAAACGCGUUACUAUUAGUUUUAUGUAAAUUUAACUGUAAAUUUACUAUUUUUGAUAAAUAUUAAGCUAUGCAGAUCAGUUUUUCAUAAGAUAUAUAAAAAAUAUGCUAAUCACAAAAU